GUUGAGUGUCCAAAUUUUCAUUCAUGCACAUUAAUCAAUUAUAAAACAUGAUUGGAAAAAAAUUAAUUUUUGCAUUAUUUUUGAAUGCGAUUCUCUAUUGCUUACCAGUAUGCGAUGCUCACAAAAGUGUUACAUAUCCAGGAAUCGGUACAUUCACUGAUAAUGAUUUUUAUGAUAUAAAAUGGCGACCGUUUGUAGCAUUACCUGAAAGCCCGGAAAGAAUCGAUCCAAAUUAUGUGCUUUAUAAUAGAAAAAUUCAAUAUAAUCCACAAACAUUGUCAUUUAAUAAUACUGACAUGAUAAGAAUGUCACAUUUUGAUCCUAAACUUGAAACAAAAAUUCUUGUUCAUGGUUUCAUAGAUGGUCCACUGAUCAAUUGCUGGAUGUAUCCAAUGAAAGAUAAAAUAUUGGUUACUCAUGAUGUUAAUGUUAUUCUUGUUGAUUGGUCUAAAUCAGAUUUCUUUCCUUAUACUCAGGCAACAGCAAAUGCACGUAUAGCUGGUGCAAUGACCGGAAUAUUCAUUCAGAAUCUUAUUAACGAAUUUAAUGUUUCACCAUCAUCAUUCCAUUUAAUUGGUCAUUCGUUGGGUGCACAUGUUGUUGGUUAUGCUGGAAAAUGGUUAGAAGGAAAAUUAGCACACAUAACUGGUCUGGAUCCGGCUGGACCUUAUUUUGAAGGUUUGACAAAUCCAGCUGCACGUUUAUGGCAUACAGAUGCGCAAUUUGUUGAAUCGAUUCAUACUGAUGCUCAUCACCUAAUACCAACUUUGGGUUUUGGAAUGUAUGAAACAUGUUCACAUAUUGAUUUUUAUCCAAAUGGUGGUGUCAGUCAACCAGGAUGUGAUCAAGAAAGAUUUACAACCAUUAUCACCAAAGGACUUAUACAUGGUAUUACCAACCUGAUAGCUUGUAAUCAUGAAAGAUCUGCUUAUUAUUAUCUGGAAGCAUAUGGUGAAGUUGAAUCAUACCCAGUAGCUUAUGCUUGUAAUUCAUAUGAUGAUUAUCAAAAUGGCCAAUGUACUAGUUGUGCACAUGAUGGUUCUAAUUGUGCUAUUCUAGGACCUAAAGCAAUAAAUUAUAAAAAAUUUAUCACCGAUCCAUCAGUAUCGAAAGGAAAACGAUUUUUCUUUUCGACAGCUCCACAUGAAAAAUUUUUUAAAUUUCAAUAUAUGAUUCGAGUGAAAAUGGUCGAUGAAUCACAUGAAAGUGAUUCUGUACAUGGUAAAAUUACAAUGAAAUUUCUUGAUUGGGCAGAUCAUGGUGAAACAUUAAAAUUUAAUGAUCAUGAUCAAAAAUUCGAAAAAGGUCACUCAUAUUCACGUGUAAUAUUGUCGGAUAUGAAACCAUCGGAUUUGGAUCGUAUUCACUUUAAAUGGACACAUGGUGGUUUAUCAUUAAAGCAUACAAGAAUGUACAUCGAUAGUAUCGAAGUGAUGCCACUUUCAACUGAAAGUGCAUCAUUGAAAUCGCCAGAUCAUUGGACAUUUGAAACAGACGAGUUCGGCAUAAGCGAUGGACAUGAAGCAAUUUUCAAAAGAUCAUAAAAAAAACAUUAUUCUUGUUUUCAUAUUUGUUUAGUAGCAAUAAAAAAUAAUUAAUCAUUA